AUGUCGGGGGAGGCCAUGGCCCAAGAUAAGAGCUGGAUGGAAGGACAGCGGUUCUGUGGCACGGUGAAAUUCUGGAGAGGAAGCUUCGGAUGGCUGUCCUGUGACACGGUGACCGAGAAAAUGGGUCCUCGUGACGUCUUCCUCCACCGAAAUGACUUGAACUCAGUGCCCGUCGUUGCGGAUGCAGUGGAGUUCGGCUUGAUCUUGGAUGCAAAGGGUCAGCCGAAGGCCACCAACGCCAUCAUUGUGAACAGUCAGAAGCCCCAGGGCAAAAGCCCAGGUGGAACCGCUGCCAAGCAAGGCCUGGGAGACUCGCAGGUAAAGCGGGCUGCGUUGAUGCUCUUCCGCGGCUCGGAUGUCUUAGUCAUCCAAGAGAUGAAGGAUCAGUCGCUGAUGUGGAGUGACCUCGGUGGAAAAGUUGAACCCGGUGAGGGCAUACUGGCAUGUGCCCUGCGCGAACUCGAUGAGGAAGCGCGAGGUUUCCUUUCCGAAGACUCCAUCGCUCUGCUUAAGAAGGGCGUCGAGAUGCAAUUCGGUGAUGGCAAGCAACCACCGGAGAUCGUGGCCCUGAAAACCACUGGAUCUAAGCCGCAGUCUGUGGCGGUCUUCCCCCUGGACUGCAGCGGUGUGGAGCUGGAACUUCUUUCACCCGAGAAGCCCAAUGCCUUCGGCGUUCACAAGAUGUGUUGGCUGAGCCGCAACCAUCCGGACUUUAAGGACAAGGGCCGCACACGAUGGCCGCUGCUCCGGGCGAU